GUUCACCCGGCACGGCAGGCCGAUGAUGACCCACUGGCUCACAUUCGUCAAUUAAACGCGCGCCGGUCCGCAGGUUAAGUCCGCCGCAACCGUAGACCGUCCAACGCCGCCUUGCCGCCUGUCCUUUAUGGGUACCGAAACAAUAACCGAAUCAUCCACGAGUGUCCUUUAUUAUAAUAUAGUCGUGUACUGCACGUGACCGCCACCACCAAGUCAUGGAUCAUCUCGGCGCAUCGUUGUCCGUCAUCGCCCUGAUUGUUCUACUGAGUUCGUCUGCAGUGAAUGGCGGUAUUAUAAGUUUGCUCCAGAACAACGUAUUGGGAGCCCCUCUGUUCCACAAACAACAGUCGUGGCCGUUCGACCCGGACGAGGCCAGUCGACGUGCCCCGGAGUUUAUUGCACUUCACGGCUACAAGUCGGAUCGACUAAUCGAACGGAUCGGUUUGGGUUUGGACGGUCGGCAAGAACAACGGCGGCAGAAACAAGUGGAAAGAGACAUUUUGUAUACUCAGCAACGACAGCAAUUUGAACAGUCUCAGAACAACGUACCCUAUUAUCAACCUCAGUACACCGCUCCUAGACAACUCUAAUAUGGACCGUGUUAUUUGUAAUGAUAAAAAUCAAAAAAUACCUACUUACUUACUUAAAAAAAAAAAUGGUAAACCCCGGUGAAUAAGACGUCAUACUUAAUCCUGCUUUAGUCAAAGGGGCAAGAAUGUACCACAUUCACACUUAGUCACGCUGUGACGUCAGUCAUUCAUUAUUUUAGUGUGCCAGAAAAUCGGGUGACUAACGGAAAGUUAAGGUUAAAUGAUUGACAUAUUCUAUAAUAUAUAUUCUAUAUUAUACCUAUACAAUAUGAUUUUAUUACCCCAAUAAUGAACGCUUGCUCUAUGCGCAACACUCUAUAAUAUAGAUGGAGCCAAUUUUUACUGUAAUAUAAAUAUCAACUCAUUGUACACACAAAAACCUAAACUCGACUACCUACUAUAGGUGUAAUCUACUAUUUGUUGUCAUCAAGCACACAUUUCGAUGAUGUUACAUCGAUAAUUAAAAACACAUAUUAUUAGAAUUAAUAAUCGAUCAAUAACGACUAAAAGCCAAUCAAAAUAUUAUGAAUCAUGUUUUACUGUAUAAAAAACAAACAAGUCAUUACUUUAAGUUAAAAACAUCAAUCAAAAUCUAAAUCAAUUCAAUAAAAAUGUAUAAUUAUGUAUGUAAAUAAAUUUGUGUAUGUUUUCUUAUAAAAUAUCUUAAUA